AGGGAACCCGAGCCCUUCCAUAAGAGGCCGGGAAGCCCCAUCGACCCUCUUUUCCUCGGUCGGAGUCAGGACCGCCGCCAUCAUGACCGACUGGGAGACGGCGCCAGCCGUGACCGAGACUCCGGAUAUCAAACUUUUUGGGAAGUGGAGCACGGAUGAUGUGCAGAUCAACGACAUCUCCCUGCAGGAUUACAUCGCGGUGAAGGAGAAGUACGCCAAGUACCUCCCGCACAGCGCCGGGCGCUACGCGGCCAAGCGCUUCCGCAAGGCGCAGUGUCCCAUCGUGGAGCGCCUCACCAACUCCAUGAUGAUGCACGGCAGGAACAACGGCAAGAAGCUCAUGACCGUCAGGAUCGUCAAGCACGCCUUCGAGAUCAUCCACCUGCUCACUGGCGAGAACCCCCUCCAGGUGCUGGUCAAUGCCAUCAUCAACUCGGGGCCCCGCGAGGACUCGACUCGGAUCGGCCGCGCCGGCACCGUCCGGAGACAGGCCGUGGACGUGUCCCCCCUGCGCAGGGUCAACCAGCCCCUCCUCAACCCCCUUUUCCCGCUUUUCCAGGGCUCUUCCAACUCCUACGCCAUCAAGAAGAAGGAUGAGCUGGAGCGUGUGGCCAAAUCCAACCGUUAGAGACCCCCUGGAACGGGGGACCCCUCCCCAAAUAAAUCCAUGUGUUCUCUGAUCCCCCCCGCCUGUCCUGGGGGUCAAUUCCCAACCCCCUCCCAAAAAUUCA